AUGCGGAAUGCUCUGAGGAUAUCCCCGGCGCCAUUCAAGUCCUCUUUCUUGUCCAUUCCACCAUCGCCAUUCUCACCGCGCACUCCCUUGACGCCGGCAGUGCCAUUGCGACAUGAGGUACGGGAAGCGAGUCAACAAAUCUCAACAACAAAUUCAAAGUCUGCAGUGCAUGCGCCAUCAAGCCCCGUGGCAUGGGUAUGGAAAUGUCAUCAAUGCAACCACGACUACCGUCUAGGUGUGACAAAUCGAUGCCUCGAAGAUGGACAUUAUUACUGCAGUGGCACAACACCGCUCAAGGCAUGGCGAAAAACGAAAAAUUCGAGGCACAUCAAAAGACAUGCCGCCUGUACCAGCGAAUUUGACUACUCUGCCUGGAGAAAUUGGGGCAGAUGGCGAAGAGGUGGCCCCGGGAACAAGGACACACCGGGCACUGGUUCAGCAGCCGGCAGCGAGGACCACACUUCCACGAAACCCAAGAAGGACUGCUGGAACAUGUGCGACUACCCGUCUGAGUGCGGUUGGGGCAAGAAGUUUGGCAUUCAUACACCACUCAAGACCUGCUUUUCUACCCUUGAAGCUGACACCAUGUCGACACCAACUGCUUCGGUUAAUGCGACAUCAGAAGAUACACCCAAGGCUGAGGACCUCAAGGUUACCAAGACUUCGGGAAUCGGGAUACUACCUGGUUUCUGGGCUGCUCUGGCGGUGAGCAUGAGUAUACAGAGGAAAAAGAGUGAUAGUCAGGCUACCUCGUCGCCGCUCUCCACUGUCACGCAGGAAAAGACUGAGAGAGCUGUGGCUGCCAACACCCAAUCGCCGGCUAGAUACCGAGACAAAUCUGCUGGCACGACGGUUACUGAAUCCUCCUUUUCGGAUAAUAGCCCCGCUUCUUCGACGCCUGAAGGUCCGGCCAAACCAUUGCUCAGCAGGACGCGAUAUCGCCGUGCGAAGUCUGCUUUCCCCAAGUCCCACAGCUACAUCGACGUGCGAUGUGCGACGGGUAUUUUCACGCUGAGUGCAAACCAGGAGCUCAGUUUGAGGCAGACGGGCGGAUUCGGAUCGGGAUUUGAAUCAUUGGGAAAGGCGCCGAGUUGGCAAAAUGGGGCUCAAUACUCUUCUUGCAUUGUGUGA